CAAGAACCAAUUUUCAGCAAAAACCACCAAAAACCUCCGGUGAGAAUCCAAUGUAACCCCACAAUACCCCCAAUCAAUACCCAUGACCAUGAGGCCAUGAAUCCAUGAUUAAAUGUUAGUACUUCCUCAAGGCGUAUAAAACCUCUCUAGUCUCUACUAGUAACCCAAUUUCCGAAAGUCAUAAAAGCUUCUUGUUGAAAUUAAACCAAUUAAUUUUGUUUGACACAAGAAAAAAACUAAACCAUUUCUCUCUCUAAAGCGAGCAUGGGAGACAAAAGAGCAACUCCGACGGCAGUGAAGCAACUUUCCAGAUGGAUUCGAAGUCGAUCAGUGAGACAACAAGUUAGCUUGGCCUCCAUUUCUGCCUUAAUUCUUCUCAUUUUAAUGAAGGUGUUCAUCAGAAAUUACACCUACUUUUAUGUUGCUGCUCAACUUGCUCACUCCAUUGGAAUUUUAGUCUUGAUUUACAAACUCACAAUCACCAAAACUUGUUCUGGUUUAUCAUUGAAGACUCAGGAGCUUACGGCUGUAUUCUUAUUCAUGAGAAUCAUAUGUCAUUUUGAGCACAUACGCGAUGUUUAUAUUGUACUUGAUUCUCUAACCCUUGUAUGUACUCUUUGGAUGAUCUACAUGAUUCGAUUUAAGUUGAAGAGCACCUACAUGCAAGAGCUUGAUAAUAUGCCUUUGUAUUAUGUGCUGGUACCUUGUGCUGUUGUUGGCUUAAUUGGCAAUCCUGGAAUUGGAUUUAUUGGACUCUUCUAUAUGUAUUGUAAGUCAGUUGAAGCUGUUUCAGUGCUCCCUCAGCUGCAGUUGAUACAAAAUGCGAAGAUGGUUGAACCAUUUACUUCCCAUUAUGUCUUUGCCUUGGGUGUUGCAAGAUUUUUCGUAUGUGCAAAUUGGAUAAUCAUGCUUAUUGACACCAAAGGAGGAUUGCUGACAGAAAUAGGGCGAGGCCACCUAUACAUACUACUAACACUUAUCGCUGAGGUGGUUCAAACUUUCAUCCUGGCCGAUUUCUGUUAUUACUAUGUCAAGAGUGUAAUGGAUGGACAGCGCUUGAUGAGACUACCUUCAUUGGUCUGAAGUUGGAAUAUGUAUAUAGGGAGCUGCAUCAAUAAAUUAUCUUCAUCAAGAUGCUCGAGUAUGUGAUAUUCUUUCUUUCUGCUCACUGCCACCAGCUAAACCUCUUCCUUGCCUCCUCCCGCCAAAAAAAAAAAAAAGAACGGAAUGGUGUGCGCCUAAGUUCAUUUUGCUGCUCAAUGAGUAAUAAAGUAGCUUUUGGUGCGGCAUGAUGAACGAUCCGAGUCCUCUCCAUGUUGGCUACGGUAAAGCUCGUACACUUUCAGACUAAGAUAUCUCUGUUAGAUAAGGUUUUGCUCUUCCUCAGCUAUCAUUAAUUAGGCGAUGAGCAUUAUGGAUCCGAUUUGUGUAUAUAUACAUUACAUGAGCAUAUGUGAAAGAAAUAGGGUGACAAAAAGCCAAAAGGUCCAACCCGAACUUGAAGCAGCCCGUGUAUGUUUGGAAUAAAAGUAAUAAAACUUAUGUUGUAUGAUUUAGUAUACAACUAUACAUUCUA